UUAUUUUAUAAUUAAGUAAGAAUAGAAAUACAUAAGCUAUGGAGCGGCCCCAAAAGAUGGCCAAGGUGAACAACAUGGCUCCAGCGGAGGUGCAGAUAACGGUAAAGCAGCUGCUCCGUGAGGCCAAGGAACGGGACUUGGAGAUUCAGGCCCAACAGCAGCAGCAGCAGCAAGUGACCGCCCAGAAAAAGCAGGCGGCGGCGCAGGCUCAGCAGCAACAGAAGGAACAGCAGCAGCAGCAGCAGCAGCAAGUGGUUCAAUCCUAGGCGCA